AUGAAAAACAAAAAAAAAUUAUAUAAAUAUAAAAGUGAAAUAAAUAAUAAAAAUAUGGUGAAUUCUUUUGAAAAAAAAAACACAUAUAAAAUGACUACAAAUGAAAAAGAAGAAAACAAAACGACCAACAUUUGUGAUAACGAAUUGUGCGAAAUAUUAUCUUCGGAUGAAAGUAAUGAAUUCAUAUAUGAAAAAAAUGAUGAUUUUAUAAUUGUAGAACUUAUUUCUUAUAUUUGUGGUAAUUCCAAAAUAUUGUCUUUUUAUCCAUGCACAAAUAAUAAUUCAGGAAAAAAUAAAUAUUUAUAUCAUUUUUAUAAAAAAAAAAAAAUUAAGUUAUACUUAUGCUUAAACACAAAAAAUAAUGAAGUAUAUAUAUAUCAAGUUCAAAGAAAAUAUGUAGAAAAUAAAAAUACGGAUAACAAAAAUUAUACUAUUAAUAAAAUACCUUUAUAUUCACAAAAAUCUAAUGAGAGUGUCAAAAUUGUUGGGGAAAUUAAAAUAGGCAACACUCUACAAAAUAAUAAAAAUUAUAACAUUUCUUCAUUAAAUAAUAUAGAAAUAAAAAAGGAAAAUAAAAAAAACUUAAUUAAUUUGGAAAAAAAAAUAUGCAUCACGAAAUUGUUUGAUAGUGUAAAUUGCAGUUAUGAUAUAUCCACUGUUGAAUAUUCAAAAUUAGAAAAUACCGAUACUCAAAUUUUAGAUAGUUUAAAGAGUAUAUUAGAAAAAAAACUUAAUAAAAAUCAAAAAGUGGUAGAAUAUAAUAUUGAUUCACAAAAACAAAACAAAAAUUUAAUAGCAGAAGAGUUAGAUUAUCAAAAUAACAAUGACCAUAUUUUGUAUGUGAAAAAAAACGAUAUGAUUCAUAAAAAUAGUAUAAAUUUGAAAUCAGAGAAUAAACAAGACAAAACUAAUGUAAAUAAUAAAGAAAUAAAAUUGUUAUAUCUCAAUUUCCAUGAACCGGCUCACAUAUUUAUGAACCAUUUCUUCAGAAUUAACCAAGAUAAUGAGGAAAAUUCUGUAAAAGAAAUAACAGGAUUUCUCAAAGACGAAAAAUAUGAAUAUAUAGAAAAGGAACAUUUAAAAAAAUCAAAAAGAAAAAAAUAUUCACCUAUAUUUGGAAAAAUUAAAAGCGAAGCAUUACCAUGUAAUAUAUUAGAAAAUUAUCAAAGUGAUAUAAGUAUAUGCAGCACUAAUUUAUUUUUUAGUGACACCGAAGUUAUAACUAAAGAGAAUGGUGGGAAUGGUAAAGUGAAAGAAGAAAAUGGAGGAAAAGAGGAAGAUAAAUAUAAAAAAAACAAUAAAAAAAAUAAUAUUAUGCCACUUAAAAGAAAUAAUUUAAAAAUAAAAUGGUUAUUAUUAAAUUUAAAUUUAAAAAAAGAAGAAGAAGUUUUAAUACAAAAAUAUGUAAUGUUUAAAAAAAUAAGCCUACAAAAAAUGUCAAAAGAGUUACAUGAUCAUGAUAUUUCGAAUAUUUGGACUUAUCAAAAUAAGAGAAAAUCUCCUUUUCGAAAAAAAAAAAAAAAAAAAAAAAAAAAUGUCCCAGAAAAUAGUUGUAAUAUAAAAUUUCCUGAUAAAACACAAGAUAAAGAAAAUGAAAAUGAGUCAACUGUUACAUUCAAGAAUAACACACAACAAUACACAAAUAAUAUAACCUCGAGUUUUUCAUAUAAGCAUCUGCUAGAAGAUAAAGAAAAUGGAAUAAACAAAACGAAAGGCAUCAAUAUUUAUAAUACUGAUAAUAAAAUAGAUUUCGACAAUGCAUGCUAUAUUCAAAAUUAUCAUAAUAAUGAUGAUAACAUUUAUAUUUUGAAAGAGCAAACUAAUAAAAAUGAAAUGGCGGAUUACGAAAAAACAAACAUAAUACAAAACAUUGAGAGUAAUUCUGUUGGGCUUGAAAAAGAAACAAAUAUAAAAAUGAGUAUAAAACAUCAAUUAGAAGAAUGCCCAAAUAAUUAUCAUGGUAAAUCUGUUUGUUAUUCGGAAAUGAAUGUGUUAGAAACAAAUAACUUUGAAAAAAAAAUUUCAAAAAAAAGAAAAAUUGAAAAAGAUCAACUAUAUUGUGAUAAUAAAAAUAAUAAUACUUGUCUUAAUUUUGAAAAUUUAGUAAAAAAUGGAAAAAGUGAUUUAACAAUUUCAGAAAGUACAAAACAUAUAACAUAUAAAGAAUGCAAUGAUGCACAUAAUCCAAAUACCCGAUCUAACAAUAGCACUGAUUCUUCUUAUGAUAAUAAAAACAAUGAAUCCAUCGAAGAAAUAAUUCCAGACCAAUUCAAUUUGAUACAAUUUAAUAAUUCUGAACAAAAUAUUUUGGAAAAUUGUAGUGAGAAACAGAUAACAAAUGUGGAUGUGAUAAACAGGAGCAUGGAUUAUCGAAAUAGAGCAAAUAUAAUGGAAAAUGACGAAAAUGGCGAAAAUGAUGAAAAUGACGAGCAUGACGAAAAUGAGAAAAGCUUCUUUUUAAAACAGAAAGUAAAUAAUAUUCUAGAUAUCAUAAAAAUAAUAUAUACGAAUAGUAUACGUAUAAAAUAUUUUGAAAAUCUUAAGUUGUAUAUAGGAUUAUAUAAAAAUUAUACUAAUAUUGAAAAAACGAAAUUAGAAUUCUUAGAAACAGAAAAAAGUAUCGAUAUAAAAAUAUUAAAUUGGUAUAUAAAUGAGAAAAUGGUAGAAAAAAAAAAUGUAUGGCAAUUAAAUAAUUAUAAAAUUGAUGAUUGUAGUCUAUUUCGUUUAAAUAAAUUUAAAUAUAUAGAUGAUUCAAUUAUAGAUUUUUUUAAUAACUAUAUUUAUUUUUAUAUACUGAACAGAAACAAUAAUAAUGAUGGGUGUAAAAUUGAAAAUGAUAAAAAAAAUGAUAUAUAUAUUUUUAAUACAUUUUUUUAUAAGAAAAUUGAAUUAUAUGAUGAUACAUCAAAAGCAUAUCUUAAUACAAAUAGAUGGAUUAAAAAAUUAAAUAAAAAAAUUUAUGAAUAUAAAUACGUGUUUGUUCCAAUAAACAUUAAUAACAAACAUUGGUCUUUAGUUCUGAUUUAUUUCCCUUUCAGUGAUUCAAAUCAAGAUAAAAAUACAGAAUAUUCAUCUAAUAUUAUUAAAAAUGAAGAGAAAUAUAAAAAAUAUUAUCCCCUUUAUACCAAAAAAAUUUAUGAUAAAGAUGUCAUAGACAAUGUUCAGGAAAAUAUAUCUUCUGCUGUUUUUAGAAACACUUUAGACGAUUCUGAUCGAAUUAUAAACAUCGACAUAAAUUUAAAUUCUCAAUAUAAUAAGGAAAGAAACAUAUUUUCUAAAUAUAGAAGUAAAUCUCUUGAUUCUUAUUUUUUAAAUGACCAGAAAUAUUGUAUACAAGGGUAUAACAAAAACAAUGUUAUAAAACAUUCAUUUAAAACAAUUGGAAAAAAACAUAAAGAUUUGACUGAUUUAUUCGAAAAGUGUAUUGCUAAACAUGAUGAAAAAAAAUUGGGAAGGAAAAAGAUGAUUUCAGGAUAUUUAAGCGAUAGAAAUGAUCAUGAAUUGAGUUACAUUUCUAUAAGUGAUAGUAGCGAAAAUUGUAAAAAUAAAAAAACAAAUUUAAGCAUCAAUACGAAUGAACAAAAUUCUAAAGAAUGGAAAAAUGAAAAUAAUAUAGAAGAGGAAAAGUUGGUAUAUAUGAUAUAUCUUGAUUCAUUAUUCCCAUCAACUAAAGGAAAUACAAUUUUAGAAAAAUUAAAAAAAUAUAUAGAACAUUUAUUUCAUCGAGAUUAUAUAAAAAAAGAAAAACGAAAAAAAAAAAAAAAUAAUAAUAUUUUAUCUAAUUCUGGAGGAAAUAGCGAUUCUUCCUCUCAUACCUAUCAUAAUAAUAGAAGUGGGAAUGAAAGUAAUGAACCUAAAAUAUUUUUUAAAUUUGUAUAUCCAAAUAUAAUACCCAAACAAAAUAACACCUAUGAUUGUGGUAUAUAUAUUAUUUAUUUUAUUUUACAUUUGUGUUUAAACAUACAUUUAAUUGAGACCGAUUUAAUCAACCCUUUUAAUAAAUAUAUUCAAACUAAAUACUCCGAUGCUAAAUAUACUUUCAAUUGCUCCCCUCAAAAUUCUAGUAAAAAUUCGUAUGCACAGAUUUAUCCAAAUAAUGCAUCUCCUUGGUUUGACCAUAAAGACAUAUGCACAAAGAGAAAGCAAAUGAAAAAGAUGCUUCUAUACAUGAAAGAUGUCAUAAAUUGGAAAUCAGAAAAACAUAUAGAAAAUUUAAAUUUGUUAUUUUUAAUGAAUUGCAAUGACAAAAAUCAAAGGAAUUAA